AUGUCUGUCACUACCCAGGUGCCCAAGGACUUUGACGCUGAGAAUGCGGACAACUUUGAGGAUAUCGAGAAGCAGUUCGCUGUCAAGGCCGUCCAGCAGAUGGCGACCUACUGGGCCAUUCUCGAAAAGGUGCCCGGCUCCAAGCUGCGCCUCACCAAGAUGGACGACGACAUCUACGAGCACCUCAAGAAGGACUUCCCCGACUUCGACCCGCCGAGCCCAUCAACGAGGACGAGAUGA